GUACCAUUUUGAUCAUUCUCCCACUAAACCCUUGGCAUUCCUUUUCUUCACUCUCUUCUCUCUUCAGUACUGAAAAAUGAUAGGUAUGAGAACGGUAAGAAGAAUGAUUUCAUUAUUAUCAAGAACGUCUCAGAUUCGAAAUGGUUCCAGAAUUCCUAAGUCGUCUCCACCUCUUGUUUCACUUGACCUCCCCGAUGAAUGGUCCUCCAAUUUUAUCCAUUCUGAUUCUCCUCCUCCAAAAUGCUCCGACAAUGCAACUGCUAGAAUAAUUGAUGGGAUCUCUGAGGCCGAGCAAAUUAGAUCAAGCAUAGCCGUUGAAGUUAGCAGAAUGAAGGAGUCAACUGGAAAGGUUCCUGGUUUGGCUGUAGUAUUGGUUGGGCAAAGGCAAGACUCUCUUGCCUAUGUCCGUAAAAAAAUAAUGGCCUGCCAUGAGGUUGGGUUCAGAUUUUCACUUUCUGAACUCCCUGAGAGCUGUACAGAAGAGGAGGUCUGUGAUGCAUUAUCAAAUUAUAACAAGGAUGCAUCAAUUCACGGUAUUCUUGUGCAGCUUCCUUUGCCACAGCAUUUUGACGAGGGAAAGAUUCUGAAUGUACUAAGCUUAGAAAAAGACGUGGAUGGAUUUCAUCCACUAAACAUUGGGAACUUAGCCAUUCAGGGUAGAGAGCCAUUGUUCAUCCCGUGCACUCCGAAAGGCUGCAUCCAGUUACUGCUCAGGUCUGAUGUCGAAAUAGUUGGCAAGAGAGCUGUGGUGAUUGGGAGGAGCAACAUCGUUGGACUACCUACAUUUCUGUUGUUGCAGAGGCACCAUGCAACAGUAAGUAUUGUGCAUGCAUAUUCGGAGAACCCAGAAAUGAUUACCCGUGAAGCUGAUAUACUUGUUGCAGCAGCUGGAGUGCCUAAUUUAGUCCGCGGUAGCUGGUUAAAGCCUGGAGCAAUUGUUCUUGACGUUGGAAUAAACCCAAUUGAGGACCCUGAGAGUGAAAAUGGUUACCGUUUGAUUGGAGAUGUUUGCUUCGAAGAAGCAGUCAAGAUAGCUUCUGCAAUAACCCCUGUUCCCGGAGGUGUAGGUCCUAUGACAGUUGCAAUGCUUCUUCAGAAUACCCUUGAAGCUGCCAAGCGUGCUCUUCAUUUUACUUGAUUUAAGGUGGACGAAUUCCUAAAAAUGUUCUCGCUUAUUCCUCUCCAUUAGAAAUGUGGAGAAGAAAUGAAUGAUAACUAGCCUGAGUUUUACACAACCUCUCCAUUGUUGGAGCUAUGUCUGGUGGACGAGUCGCUGCCAUUAAUCAAUCCUGACAUAUUAGGAAGUUCCCAGUUCCCACAUCAAGGAAGCAGCAGUACCGAAUGAAUGUAGCAGCUUCAGUAUUCGGGAUGACGCGCUGAGAUAAUGACAUUGAAGGCCCAGCGAAUAGCGCUAACAAAUUGACGUUUGGUUUCCAUAAUGCAGAAAGUUCUCGUGUAUACUGAUUUGCUUCUUCAAGGUUCCUUCCCCCCCCCCCCCCCCUCUCCUUAUGGUUGACCUUUUAAAAGGUACACAAGCAUAUGUUUUGUCGGACAGAACUUUUGCAAAUGUAAAAGGAAAUUUAGAAAUGAUGCAACAUGCAUACUGUGAGGUGGAUUUGAUGGUAAA